AUGGCUGUCGACAAGAUCGCCCCCAACGACCCGCGCGUCGAGCGCAAGCAGGCCGAGGUCAGGGGCAAGACCUACUCCUACCUCUACAGCAAGCCCGAGGGCACGCCCAAGGGUACCGUCGUGCUCAUCCACGGAUGGCCCGACAUCUCGCUCGGCUGGCGGUACCAGAUCCCCUUGUUCCUCUCGCUGGGCUACCAGGUGGUCGCGCCCGACUGCCUCGGCUACGGCCAGACGUCGUCGCCCGAGAAGCUCGAGGAGUGGUCCCUCAAGAGCAUGUCGGACGACGUCAAGGCGCUGUGCGACCAGAUUGUGCCCGGCGAGCAGAUCAUCCUGGGCGGCCACGACUGGGGCGGUGCGCUCGUCUGGCGCGUGGCCAUGUGGCACCCGGACCUCAUCAAGGGCGUCUUCAGCGUGUGCACGCCGUACAACGCCCCGACGACGGCGUGGUUCGACCUCGCCGACAUCAUCGCCGCCGGCCACCUUACCAACUUCAAGUACCAGCUGCAGCUGCGCGGGCCCGAGGUCGAGGAGAAGCUGACGAAGCCCGAGGACAUCCGCCAGUUCCUGCAGGGCAUCUACGGCGGCCGGGGCGCCAACGGCGAACUCGCCUUCAACACGGACCGCGGCGUCCUCUUUGAGAACAUUGGCAAGAUCGGCCCGACGCCGCUGCUGUCGGAGGAGGAGGUUGCGUACUACACCGACAACUUCGCCAAGAGCGGCAUGCGCGGGCCGCUGAACUGGUACCGCACGCGCCGCAUCAACUACGACGAGGAGCUGCCGCUCGCGGAGAAGACGGCGGCCGAGGGCGGCGACUACAAGGUGACGCCGCCGAGCCUGUUCAUCCUCGCCAGCAAGGACACGGCGCUGCCGCCGGCCAUGGCGGCGGGCAUGGACAAGCACUUUGCGGACCUGACGCGGGGCGAGGUGAAGGCGACGCACUGGGCGCUGUGGGAGGCGCCUGAGGAGGUCAACGAGCAGAUCAAGCAGUGGAUCGAGAGCAAGGUCGACAAGAAGCCGAUGGCGUCGUUGUGA